AUGCCUCCCUAUUUUCCUCUCGAUCGCCAACCACUCACGGCACCAAUUUUUACUGCUCUUGCUCAGCCCGCUCACCGCAGUCCGACGCCCGUUAGUUCUUACACAUCACUCGACCACGCGCUGGGUCCCGCAGGCGCUCGUGAGAGUAACCAUCCUCUACACGAACCACCACCUCCCGCGGGCCACCUCCCGCCAAACCAUAUGGCCUCCGACGGUCGAUACGUUUAUUCUGCCCCCCAGGAGGUCGCUGCCUCGCCCUACGGCUAUGCGCCUUAUCCGGCGCCUCCGUACGAUCCCGCCCAUUACGCCCAGAGCAUGCCGCGCCAGCCCAUCCGCUCGGCCUCAACUCAGGCCCACUCCCCACAUCCGCCGCCCCAGCCGUACAGCGCGUCGCAGCAGUCAUACCCUCCUCAACCGCCAUAUGGGCCGCCGCCUUACGCAGUAGCCCCACACCCUACGGGCCCGUGGAGUCACGAGGCUUGGGCACAUUAUCCACAUCCAUAUCCUGCUCCCCAUCCGCCCCAGCCGCCAGAUCAAAACCCUUCUUAUCCUCCAAAUGGCGCGAGGGCUGAUGCGCCUCCCGUCGAUCAUCGCGCAUAUCAGGCAGGACCUUCGCGGCCCGAGCCCCAUCGCACAGAUGAGCGACCGUCGCGUCCGGUGGAAGCGGCGCCUCAAUCUAAAGUACGUAAAACUAAGGAGAACGAGCCGCCCGCUCCGGCACCUCCGCGCUCGCCUCCUCUAGGGCUCGAUCUUACAAAGUUAAUGGAACAGUACCGCGUUGUUUUGGACUCCUCAGCGACGCUACUCAAUGAUAACUCUUCGCGGACAUCGAUACCUCUCGAGGCUGCCGAGGCUAUGAUGCAGGCCGCCCGAUUUGGUUUCCAGGCACUAGAGUCGGCCAGUAAACGCGUGACGCAGGCCGAUAUCUCGCGCUCACCCAGUGAACGCACACCAGAAGAAGCCGACUCUGCUGCGCCAAAGCCGCGACCGCAACCGUCUGAGGCACAGCCCAAUCCUGAGGGACAGACUUGCCUAGGAUGUCAUGCAACCUCUACACCUGAGUGGCGACGAGGACCAAUGGGUCCGCGCACUCUCUGUAACGCCUGUGGGCUCGUGUAUGCAAAACUCAUCAAGAAAAGAAACCGUGACCCUGCUCGCGCGCGAAGUUCGUACCUCGGCGGGAAUUCGGGCAGCCAAGGAGGCAACGAUGAUUCUGCUCCAGCCUCCAGCGGCGAAGGCGGCAGCGAUGACGAGGGCUCGCUUGUCUCACAAGACCGACGGAGCGAGGGUGGUUUCCACGGUGGACGAAAUUGA